GAUCGGGUAUAUGCGUAGCUGCACUGGUCACACUGCCCCUCCCUGUACUACAUAAGCCACAACCUCUCAUCCACUCAACUCCGUCUGCGAGAUGUUGCAGCAACUACGAUGACAUGCCAUGCGUCAAGACUUCGCACAGACCGGCCAUUUCCUACAUGUCAAUACAGAUUACGCGGCUAAACAUACUCUUGUAAUCCUAUCAACAACACACUCGUGAGAGGUUCCUGUCAGUACUAGUCUGACGCCCCUGGUAAGUACGGAUAUUCCUAUCCUCAAACUGACCGACACGCGACACGACAUUGGCAGUUUCUUCAUGUCACCAAUUGUAUAAAUCGUUCACACUUAAAACAUCGCGCCUCAUCGACAUCCCUAUCCGUACUUAAUCCCACCGCUAUGCUACAAGUUCAACGCAGUCCUCCACGAGGAGGGUGAUGAUGACCGGUGGUAUCACUACGUGAACGUGUAUGUACCAUGUCACUGGUAUAUUAGUACUUGCCACCCGAGUGGCUUUCUAUAGACCCAUCUCACCGUCAACGAGGUCAUCCUCACACCAUGACAUCUCGCGGCGAGCCUCAAAUCCCUGCCGCGCACAAUCUUCCCGGCGGAGGAGAUGGUACUUCCAGGUCAGUAGAUUCCUCGUCCGAAACGCCGAACUUGUACGGCUUGCUGCUGCUGCACCCCCAAGCGCUCCCAAUCCGGCUACCAGCACUCCAGCCUUGACUCUAUCUACUCUACAAGCCUCGAAUGUGCCUAUCACCUUCCCAACCUGCUCUGUGUGUCCCAAUAAGACUGGAAAUAUCAUCAGCCCUGCCUUUAGAGAAACAAAGGACAGUUACGAAGAGUGGGUCAGAGCAACCAUUGGUUAUCCUCUGCUAAUUGAAGUCACCAGUGCGGAGAUUCCACUGCUUGCAGCUCUUGCGCAUCCAAAGGCCAGCUCCGAAGAAUUAAGUGGGGUCCUGAAUUACAUGUCAAUCCAGCUCAUGUUUGAGAGGUUCACCAAUCAAUGUUCGAGCGAAGUGGCUAAGGCGACCUCCAAAUUGUGGAUUGAUGUACUAAAAGAUCCCCAAGCUGGCAAGAGUCACCAUCACCUGUUCAUUAAACUCAUGGCUAAGUUAUACCUGCUAGAGCACGUCCUGCAACACCCUGUUGUAUCUGAGAUGGAGAAUUAUGCCGCUGACACGAUAUAUAUCACCAAUGACAUCUAUUCCUUCAAAAAGGAGCAAUGUAAAGACAGAGCUCUGCACAACAUUAUCACCAUCAUCCAGAACUACUCAGCAUCUUGA